AUGAGAAGCUCAAAAAAAAGAUCCAAACUCUUACGUGGUCAGUUUUGGACGAAGUCUGGGGUUACAGUCAUACAGCUGAUCAAUCAGCUGAGGCCUGCCAGAUGCAGAUCCAGUUUAGGAUUUGACUAUAGUAACUCAGAUAAGUCCAAUAAAAAGUUGAACCUAGUAAAAGGCGAGUUUAAGACUAUAAGCUUUGUCAAUGGACAUUUAACUAAAAAUGGAACUAAUUACAACAGUGAUGAUUUAACUUUAAAGGAAGAAAUUAAGUAUGUGAAGCCAACUUCAAGCUGGCUUACACCCAAGAAGAGGUUGAAGGCAGAUACUCUUCAAUUUGAUAGUGAUGAUGAUGUUCCGGAUAAAUUUGAGAUGAGCAUGAUGGGUGUGUUGACAUUAUUUCUAGGUCUUCAAGUUCGUCAACUUGAAGAUAGAAUCUUCAUUAAUCAGGCCAAGUACACCAGGGAGCUGUUGAAGAAGUUCAGAAUGGAGAGCUGCUCCGCUGCUUCAACGACCAUGGAUUCAUCUAGCACGCUGGACAAGGAUGAAGACGGCCAGUAUGUCAAAAUCACCGCUUAUCAAGGAAUCAUAGGAUCUUUGCUCUAUCUAACAGCCAACCGUCCAGACAUCCUAUUUGUUGUCGUCAUCUACGGGAGAUUUUAG